GCCAUUAAAGAAUCAGUCGCAGCCCAAUGACGACAUAUAUUUCAGAUUUAUAUAUAUCUAUAUAUAAUAUAUAUAUUAUUAAAAUGGGGGUUAUGGUAAAAUGGAAAAGUCUUUCCAUCUCUACAGGACAGUAAAAGGGAAAGAAAGUUGUCGCGGACUAGUGACGUCAUGUUGCGGCGACGGGAGGCGCGUGGAAAGCUCCUGAGGUGGGUGAGAGCCUGAGAGCGACUGACAGAGGAGGUGGCGGAUUAUUACGAAGACAUCAUGACGGUGAACACAUCAUCGCUCUGUUUCAGAAACAAGGCCAUUUUGGCUCCUAUGGUACGAGUUGGAACCCUCCCUAUGAGAUUGCUGGCUUUGGAUUAUGGUGCUGAUAUUGUGUACUGCGAGGAGCUAAUUGAUCUCAAGAUGCUUCAGUGCAAGAGAGUUGUAAACGAGGUGCUUGAAACAGUAGACUUUGUGGCGCCUAAUGAGCGAGUGGUGUUCAGGACCUGUGAAACGGAAAAGGACUCCGUUGUCUUUCAGAUGGGGACUGCUGAUGCUGAGAGAGCCCUAGCAGUAGCCCGACUUGUAGAGAAUGAUGUGGCUGGUAUUGAUGUCAACAUGGGAUGUCCCAAAGAAUAUUCCACUAAGGGAGGCAUGGGAGCAGCGCUCUUGUCUAAUCCUGAUCAGAUAGAAGCUAUUCUCACUACCCUUGUCCAAGCAAUCCGUAAGCCAGUGACCUGCAAAAUCCGGAUCUUGCCAUCAACAGAAGAAACAAUAAGUUUAGUGAAGAGGAUAGAAAAGACCGGCGUGGCUGCCAUUGCUGUUCACGGAAGGAAGAAAGAAGAGAGGCCUCAGCAUCCUGUCCACUGUGAUGUGAUCAAAGCCAUCUCGGAAGCCGUCUCCGUUCCGGUAAUAGCCAAUGGUGGCUCCCAUGACUUCAUCAAAGAAUAUUCUGACCUGCAGGCCUUCCAGCAAGCGACAGCAGCAUCCGCUGUAAUGGUGGCUCGUGCAGCAAUGUGGAACCCUUCCAUUUUCCAGAAGGAAGGAUCCCAGCCCCUGAAUGACGUCGUACGGGAAUAUAUCAAAUACGCUGUGCGGUACGAUAACCAUUACACCAACACAAAGUAUUGUUUGUGCCAGAUGUUAAGGGAGCAGCUAGAAAAUGCACAAGGGAAGCAGCUGCAUGCGGCACAGUCCUUGCAGGAAAUCUGUGAAGUCUUUGAAAUGAGUGGUUUUUACAAAGAAACAUCAGCACUUCUAGAGGCGAAAAAGGCUUCAUUGGAAACAAAGAACCAAGUUGAAGAUGACCAGAUGGAAGAUGCAGACGUCAUAAAGAUGGCGGUUAAAUUUGACAAGCGAGAAUAUCCCCCACAGAUUACACCCAAAAUGUGUCUUUUGGAAUGGUGUAGGAAAGAAAAACAUCCUCAGCCUGUGUAUGAAACGGUUGAAAGGCCGCUGGAUAGACUCUUCCGUUCUGUUGUCACAGUAGCCAAACAGAAGUACAGAUCGACCUUCUGGGAGAAGUCGAAAAAGUUGACAGAACAAGCUGCUGCCAUUGUCUGCUUAAGGACCCUUGGCCUGCCAGAGGGGAAGUGGAGCGAAGAAGCCGGUCACCUUGUGAGCAAACGCAAGAGGCCUGACCAAGAACUUUUGCGCAAUGGAGAACACAGAGACGAGCUUGUUGCGGAGUCUGCUUGUAAGAAACUUCAUUUUAUUCCUGGGGCUUCAGACGCCAGCGUUUCCUAGGCGUAGUUGCAGCAGGAAAUCAAACGUUGCUCAGCUCUGCAGCUGUGGAUUCCCCCCCUUCCCCACCCCUUGUAAUAAUCUCUCUUGUAUUUCUCUUGGAUGCCGUCGGUCGGAACAGAUUGGUCUGGAUUUUGAAAACCAUCCUAUACAACACCGUUGGCGUCCCACCGCUCACUUCUGGUGCCUUUGAAUGGAGAUAAACGAACAGCUCGCGGUUUUGCGAGCGAUAAGAUUGGUUCGAUAUUAAAAUUCCCUUUGUAGCAAAUUUCUUUGAAGGUGGAUUUGGAGGAGUUCGUACAAUUGUAUCAGUCUGAUUAAUGUCUACGGUUCAGUCGCAAGCUGUAACAGUCAUCUGAAUGUGAAUUUGUAGCCAGGAAAGGGUGGGACAGUGUGGAACACAAAUUGCUACGCCUGUUUUGCCCUCCUUGAUUUUACAAAAUGUACGCUUUUAAGAACAAUAUAAAAUUAUGACGACCUGACUAAUCCAUUGACAACAUUUGGCCUCUUGUUGAGCUCUUCAUUCUAUAACUACCAAUAAAAAUAUAUAUCUUGUCACUCCAGCUAUCAUGCUAGGUUCUGAUCGCAUGUACAUUUCUCUUGUUCUACAGUAUGCUGGGUCAAAAUAAGAUAGAAAGGAGAGAAAAAAACACCCUGUCCCCUGACAUCUACUUGCACUUCCCACCUAGCACAUGACAAUACUGAUUCAACAUCCUCCUGAAAUACUGCAGGUUGCUUUGUUCACCUCUCACCUGAACCAGACGGAUGAAAUCCCAGGCAGACAGAUGUUAUUUACUUCAUGCCCUGCCUUCUGUCCCUGGCAGAGGCCUGAAUUGAUGGACAUUGUUCACUUCUCCCAUUUCUCUUCACAACAAGCUGGUCGUGUAGCUGAGGCUGAGAAGAAUCGAGUGGCUGGCCCCCAAAAGCCAAACUUUCACUGGCACCUGAAAGAUGAACAAUAUUUAUUUUCAUAUGAGCUUUUGGGAGUUUUGGCUCACUUCAGAUAUGUGGAGCUGAAACUGGCAGUUCGACUUACGGGGAAGAUUACAGGGAGGGAGCAGCAGUUCGUGUGGAAAUAAACAAUGUUAAGGUGUCCCUGAGCCUGACAAAGGAAUAUUUGACUCUCAAAAGCUUCUGUCUUGAAAAUCUUGUGGUCUCUAAGGAGCUCCUGAGCUUGAAUCUAGCUCCUGGAUUUUUUUUAAAAAUGUGCCACAACAGACUAAUGCAGCGGCCCAACAUUCCCCAGCAAGCUUUCAUGGCAGACAUGGUUUAGAACUUGAGUCUCCCAGAUCCCAGCCCGGAUACUCUGACCACUACAAUGCAGUGUCUCACACCGUGAGCAGUCAGUCCCUCUUUGGAACAUUGUGGUGAAAAUCCAAAUUGGGAUGGCCGGUGCUCCUCUCUGUCAGAAACCCGACUGUGCAGAUUGACCAGCUCCUCGUUCAGUGAAAGAGAACAGAGCAUAAGGGUAGCAGUGGCAGGAGAGGGGGAGGCUGUUGCCCCCCUGUCUGCAGCAUGAGGUUAUCAGCUUUAACUUGCGUUACAGAGCUUGCCCAGAAGACAACUGCUUUCUUCCUGGCCCGAGCAAACAGUUGCCUUUUGUGUGCCUCAGGUUAAGAGUGUCGGUCUAGGAUCUGGGAGACUUGGGUUCAAAUGCCCACUUGUGCCAUGGAAACUCACUGGGUGCCCUGGAGCCAGCCACACUAACCGACCUCACAGCCACCCUAACGUACCUCACGGGAUGAUUGUGAGUCUAAAAUGGAGACGAGGAGAACGAUGUUAAGCUAUUUUGGGUCCCCACUGGGGAGAAAGACAGGGUACAAAUGAAUUAAAUAAACAAACUCUAACUGUA